AUGGGUGACUGGAGCUUUCUAGGCCGGCUGCUGGAGAAUGCUCAGGAACACUCCACUGUGAUUGGCAAGGUUUGGCUGACGGUCCUCUUCAUCUUCCGUAUCCUGGUGCUGGGCGCUGCCGCGGAGGAGGUGUGGGGUGACGAGCAGUCCGACUUCACCUGCAACACGCAGCAACCCGGUUGUGAGAACGUCUGCUACGACGAGGCCUUCCCUAUCUCCCACAUCCGCUUUUGGGUACUGCAGAUCAUCUUCGUCUCCACGCCCACCCUCAUCUACCUGGGCCAUGUGCUCCACAUCGUCCGCAUGGAGGAGAAGAGGCGGGAGAAAGAGGAGGAGCUGAAGAAGGCCAGCCGACACCAGGAGGGCAGGGACCCGCUCUACCACAACGGGUUGGGAGACGGAGGAGGAGGGAAGAAGGAAAAGCCACCCAUCCGCGACGAGCAUGGGAAGAUCCGGAUCCGCGGGGCGCUGCUGAGGACCUACAUCUUCAACAUCAUCUUCAAGACGCUGUUUGAGGUGGGCUUCAUCCUGGGGCAGUACUUCCUCUAUGGCUUUCACCUGAAGCCACUCUAUAAGUGUGGCCGCUGGCCGUGCCCCAAUAUUGUCGACUGCUUCAUCUCCAGGCCUACUGAAAAGACUAUCUUCAUCAUUUUCAUGCUGGCGGUGGCCUGUGUCUCGCUGUUGCUCAACCUGCUGGAGAUCUACCACCUGGGCUGGAAGAAAGUAAAGCAAGGGGUCACCGUUGAGUUUGUAACUGAUUGCGAGUCGAUACCAUUGGACUCUGACGAAGUGGGAGAGCUGGAGACAAUUCCUGAGCGGAUCUCCCCACCGGUGCUCAACUGCCUGCCAGUCUACGCCAGCGGAAGUAUGUUGGGGGGCGAGGGCGGAGGUUAUAGACCCACUGGGGCCUCCCCUUGCAUGCUCACUUUAAACAACAACACGGCAACCGCUACUCCCACGCCGGCCGAGCUCAAGAAAGACCCUGAAGCUUUCCACCAUGACAAGUUCCUGUUCUUUGAGGGCCCGAGUACAUUUUUGUACGGCAGCAAUGAUGGUGUUGGUGGGAGCUGUGGGCAACUCGAAAUGAUGGAGCAGAACUGGAACAACAUGGCGCUGGAGCUGCACACCCCGGAUGGGAAGACCUCGUCCUCGUCCUAUCCUCUUCCUCCUCCCUCUCCUUCCUUCUCCUCUUGCUCUGAACAGGGAAGACCCCUGUCAGCAUCACGAGAGGAGCAGCCGGCCCUCUCCCCUUCCCCUCAUCAUUCCCUCCUUUCCUCCCUCACAAAGGUAGAGGAGGCAGCCGGUGAGGAUAGCAGCUCCACGCCGCAGCGUUUGGUGGCAGAUGAUGACGUCACGAUGAUAACCAGGGCGGAGAUGCACAAACCUCCUGCGCCUGCGGCAACAGACAUCCGGAGACUGAGUCGCGCCAGCAAGAGCAGCAGCGUCCGAGCUCGAUCUGAUGACCUGGCUGUGUAG